AUGACUCGGAUGCAGGCCUUCCUCCCGGCUCCAUUAUUACGUUCUGUGCAGCAUUUGAGUGUAUCUGACCAAGGUGAAACUAUAGACGAUACUAUUAACUAUUCUAUACUAUAUCAAGGUGCUAUAUUAGGUACACAGAGGCUUAUAAAAUCCAGUGAAGACAAUGUCAACGUUUUGCAACAAAUCGCAGUUUGGGGACUCUUGCGUCGGUCUAUAGAUGACGUUAAUGGCCGAUCCUUUGAUCAAUAUUUACCAGGAGGAAUUGAGCGUAUUGGAGUCUUUAUAGUCGUAUGUAAAGACGCUGUAAAAGACGAGAAAGAGCUUAAAGUGCUGGCUGUUCAAGCAUUUGAAGACGAUAAGGAUAAUGACGAGAUUGUACUAGUGUAUGAGGUGAAGACACAGAUGCUGAGGAUGUUUCAAUGCAAAAAUGGGAAUGCGGCGACGGUGGAGAUCGAAGUCGUACAAUGUCUUCAUGCUCAAGGCUUCCAUCGAGCAAUUGGAUUUGCUCUUGUACGUUGUGCAGUAGAUCUACAUGUAUUUGGAGAAAAGAGCGUAUUGCUACAUGAGUUGGAAAGGUAUAAGGCUGCUACGCGUGAUGUUGAAAACUUCUACGUACGUGCAAGAAUCAAUCAUAGCAAGAAAGGUCAGCGAUUUUGUGUAUUGAAUGGUCGUGGAGAAGAUGCCAUGUCUACUGAUGCCAAGCCGAUGCUUUUGAAGUCGAUUUUGCCCGAAUGUGAUGCCAGGAAGGAUGCAGGAGAGAUCAAAAGAAAGAAGACGAAUGGUAAGAAGCAAAAGAACGACAAGAUGAAGACACCAUUUCGUCAAGAAGUAAAAAAAGAUGAGAAAAUGGGGAUCUUACCAUCGUUGGAAUACGGCGAUAUUGCAACCAUUGAUUUGCUGGUCAGUCUUGGGCCAGUGGAGGACUCUGCUGUUGUUGUUGCACCCGUGGUUACGAUUCCAACGUCGUCUGCGUGCCCUAUCCAUCGCUUUAGCGUGUACUGCGAUGCCUUAGUGGUGGUACCUGUGGAUUCAUUCGUUGUUACGAUGCUAGCACUGCUUCGGAACCAGCUUCAUCACCAGCUAUUGGAGAUAUCGAACCAACUCGAGGAUGCACCGAAGGCAGUGAGUUGUUUAUCAAUGCAUCAGUUCCCACUAGUUGGAGCAGCAUUCCCUUUGACCGUUGUUGCGAGUUCGACUAAGCCGGACUUUAGCAGUGACGAUAGCAUGGAAGACGCAAAAUCAUUUGAAAGUUUGCACCGGGCAUUCCUCCAGCCUAUGAAUCAGUCUCUAUUCAGGCUAUCUCGUGGUUGUUCGCUAGCUCAACAAGGAGAAUGGCUUGCAUCAAGUGACGUGCUGUACAAUGUACACGAAGGUAUUCCGAGUUCCGGUACGGGAUCCAAGUGUGAAUCAGCUUUGGUGAGUGGUUUUUAUGGCUACUAUCAUUAUCUCCAGCAGGGCGUGAAUGACAAAGGCUGGGGCUGUGCAUAUCGCUCUUUGCAGACAUUGGCAUCUUGGUUGUUUAUACAACACUACACACAACAGCGUUUUCUGUUGCAUGAGCAAAUUCAAAGUGCGCUUGUGAAGAUAGGCGACAAACCAGCAAGUUUCUAUGGAUCAACAGAGUGGAUUGGCAGUCUUGAAGUUGGUUAUGUGCUAGACGAGCUGUUUGGCGUACCAUUCCGAUCUCUGAGUGUGUCAAGCAGUUCCCAAUUGCCUGAUGUCGCGCGCGAGUUAUUGUAUCACUUUCGAACGCAGGGAACUCCUGUCAUGAUGGGCGGUGGCCAGUUGGCAUUCACAUUAUUAGGCGUGGACUAUGAUCCCGAUGGAGGAGUGUGCGCUUUCCUCAUACUAGACCCACACUACACGGGUGAUGAGGACCUGGUCACAAUUCAAAACAAGACUAUGAUGCUAGAAAACUACAAGGCCGUGCCGUGUAGUUGGCGCAAGACUACAACCUUUGCUAAGAACUGUUUCUAUAAUUUCUGUCUACCACAACGCCCAAGUGUUGGCAUAUAA